AUGCUGUUUCAUGAUGAAUUGUCAGUGCCCCUCAAAAAACCGAGUGAUGUGGACAUCAUAAGUCCUUUAAAAAACUUGAUUCAGUCAAGGUACAGCACAGCAGAUAAACCUGAAGACUGUUCAGAAGCGAUCAAUGAGUUUUCCAAACUCAGGAGUAAUGCCAUUUGGAAGGCCUUUGAAAAAUAUGAGAGUUCACUGGACAUUAUUUAUGGAUACUACGAUCAAAUAGUUGCUCUAGAAAGUAAAAUACCCCCUCAGGAGUUGCAGGUUCCCUUCAAAUGGAAAGAUGCUUUUGACAAAGGAAAUAUUUUUGGAACCAGGAUGAGCCUAACCAUUCCUUCACUGAGCUAUGAGAAAGUUUGUAUACUCUACAACAUUGCUGCUCUGCAGAGCGGAGUGGCUGCUAUUCAAAGUGUUGAAAAUGAUGAUGGAUUAAAACUAGCUGCCAAGCUGCUGCAGCAAUCUUCUGGAAUAUUCAAUUACCUGAAAUCUACAAUAAUGAUUGCUAUACAACAAGAUCCCACUCCGGAUUUGAACCCUGAUACAUUGGGAGCUUUGUCACAGUUAAUGUUGGCACAAGCUCAAGAAGUAUUUGUCCACAAAGCCAUCCACGAUAACAUGAAAGAUGCCAUUGUGGCAAAGUUAGCAUCCACUUGUGAAGAUUUGUAUGCAGAAUGUCUGAAAACUUUUCAAAGGGAAAACUUGAAACACAUUUGGGACAAGGACUGGAUACCUAUGAUUGCUGGCAAACAAGCCGCUUUAGGGGCUGUUGCAGAAUUGUACCAAAGCCUCGUGUGCAAAGCAAAUAAAAGUGUUGGAGAGGAAAUAGCCCGGUUACAGCGAUCCAGUGAAAUGUUUAAAGCCUCCCAGUCUCGAUGUGGAAAGACUCUAUUUGGAGAUCUUGUCACUAAAGUUGAAAGGAAUUUGGCAGAAGCAAAAAAAGAUAAUGAUUUCAUUUAUCAUGAAAGGAUACCUGAUAUCAAGGCGGUAGCACCCAUUGGAAAAGCUCAACCUGCAAAAGUGUUACAAGUUGCUCAUCCUAUGAGCCAAAAUUUCAAGGACCUAUUCAGCGAAUUGGUUCCUGUUGCUGUCCACCAAGCAUUGGCUUCGUAUGAUGUGAGGAAAACCGAAAUUGUAAAUACUGAAAUAACUAAGCUGAGAGAAUCUACUCAGUUGUUGAACGGUUUACUGGCCAGCUUAAACCUUCCGGCAGCCAUUGAAAUAACGGGAGGUGGGAAUGAAGUACCGCCUUCUAUUCUGGAGAAAUCAAAUACUGUAAUUUCGUUGGGAGGUAUAUCUGAGUUGGAAAGAAUGAUUAACGAGUUACCCGAUUUGCUGAAGAGGAAUCGGGAUAUAUUGGAUGAGACUGAUAGGAUGCUGUCUGAAGAAAAAUCAUCUGACGAUACACUGAGACAGCAAUUCAAAGAAAAAUGGACCAGAACUCCUUCUGAAAAACUGACAGAAGUAUUCAGAUCUAAUUCGGCCAAGUACAGGCAGAUCAUUAACAAUGCCGUUCAGGCAGACAAAGUUGUACGUGACAAGUUCGAUUCUCACAAACGUGGUAUGGAAUUGCUUAGCAACGGACCAGGAGCUAUUGAAAGUGCACUGCCCAGUGGUAAUUCUGGAAGUGUAGGAAAUUCUUCUGCCGUACAGACUCUGAGGCAAUUGAUGGAGGAGGUUGAAACAAUCAAAGCCGAAAGAGAAACCAUCGAGUCAGAGCUGAAAAGUGCUACAACUGACAUGAAGGACACUUUCCUUAAUGCUCUAGCUAAAGAUGGUGCUAUUAACGAGCCCGCAAUUUCAUUUGAAAAUCUGGGAAAGUCGUAUGGCGAUCUUCAAAGACAAGUGACAGAGAGCAUCCAGAAGCAAGCCCCGUUGAUUGAGAAAAUCCAAUCAGCUAAUGCUCAGUUCAUCUCUGAAAGGGGAUCUUCUGCAGAUGGAAGAGAUACCAUGAUGUGUUCUCUCGCGUCAGCUCAUGACGCAUUCAGGGAUUUGCAGAAUAACUUGAAGGAAGGAACUAAGUUCUACAACGAUUUGACGCAGAUGUUGGUGACGUUCCAGAAUAAAGUGACAGAUUUCUGUUUUGCAAGAAAAACCGAAAAAGAGGAAUUACUCAAGGAUCUUACUCAAGAAUCUAGUAGGCAAGCUCUGCCUUCUACACCUUCCACCCCAAGUUACCAUUCAGAUAAACCAUCGCCCUCUAGUGCUCCUGCCGCUUCUCCUGCUGCUCCAACAAGCGUGCCUACAAAUCUGCCUUACCCUGUUUACACUCAGGGAAUGCCAGUACCCUAUGGAGCUUCUGCCAAUACUCCGUAUCCAACAUACGUACCACCUCCGAUGCCACAGGGAUACAAUCCAUAUGGUACUAUUCCUUAUCCUUGUAAGUUAUUUGUAUAAAAUUUUUAUAUUCUG